CUGCAGUAUGUGAUUCAUGCGGAUCGCCGGAUUCAUGAGAAACUUUCGUCCCAUCGUAGAAAUACAUUUACUCCUCAACUGAAGCCUCCAGGUUCCUUGUCGCAAAUAAAUAGAGUACCUACGAUUAGUCUUCCAUGCAUUUGAUGUCUCACUGUCUAUAACCAUGAGACCAUUGAAGGCAAUAAUUUUGAUCGGAGGCCGCCAGAAAGGGACGCGUUUUCGCCCUCUCUCACUAGAGCUUCCAAAGCCACUGUUCCCAGUGGCAGGAUUCCCAAUGAUCUAUCAUCACAUUGAAGCUUGUUCAAAAGUUCCAGGGUUAAGAGAGAUCCUGCUUAUUGGGAAUUAUCAGCCUAGCGAAUCUAUAAGACAGUUUAUCAACAAUACGCAACGAGAAUUUAAAAUACAAGUAAGGUAUCUGCAGGAGUACACAGGACUGGGAACAGCUGGUGGCAUCUACCACUUCCGCGACCAAAUCCUAGCCGGUAACCCGGAGGCGUUCUUCGUGCUGAACGGCGACAUAUGCGGGGAUUUGCCACUGGCUGAGAUGUACAGCUUUCACGUGGAGAGGUCGGAUGGCUCACAGAUGACUCUGCUUGGUGCAGAGGCGACGAUGCAGGAGUCGUUGAACUACGGCUGCCUCGUCGAGAACGCGGCGACGCACCACGUCGUGCACUACGUCGAGAAGCCGAGCACGUUCGUCAGCACGAAGAUCAACUGCGGCGCGUACAUAUGCAGCCCCGCGAUACUGAGGGACAUCGCCGCCGUGAGGCGCCACCAUCAGGACGAGAACUUCAGCGGGGUGAAUGGCGAUGGAAGUCUACGCUCUAUCGAGAGCAUCAGCUUGGAACGCGACGUCUUCCCCGAGCUGGCUAGCCUAGAUAAACUUCUAGUGUUCUACACUGAGGGGUUCUGGAGCCAGAUCAAAUCCCCGGGUUCAACAUUGUAUGCAAACAGACAUUAUCUGAAACUGUACCACAAGACACAUCCGAAUCGCCUAGUGAAAAAUGGUGAUGGUCAAGCAACCAUUAUAGGAGAUGUCUACAUACAUCCUACAGCCGAGGUCCAUCCAUCUGCAACUAUUGGUCCGAACGUUUCGAUAGCACAAGGAGUGACAGUUUCUCCUGGAGUGAGAAUACGGGAAUCAAUCAUACUUGAUAAUGCGACAUUACAGGAUCACUGCUGUAUCCUGUACUCCAUCGUUGGCUGGAACAGCGUAGUAGGGCCAUGGAGCAGGGUGGAGGGAACGCCAUGCGACCCCAACCCUAACAAACCAUUCGCCAAAUUGCAGUCGAUGCCUUUAUUCAACAACGCUGGGAAACUCAAUCCGUCAAUAACGAUCUUAGGUAGCGAUGUGCAAGUGCCAGGUGAAGUGAUCGUACUCAACUCCAUUGUGUUACCACACAAGGAUCUCGCCGGUAGCUUUAGGAAUCAGAUUAUCCUGUAAGAGCUAAUUUAAGAAAUGGAUUAACUCGCCGACGUUUGCAAUACAGUCAGACCUGUAUAUAAGGGCCACUCAAGGGAAACCCCUGAAAGUGGCAUGUAUGGAUAGGUGUCCGUUCUACAAAGGUGGAUUCACUGUGUAUAGCCGCCAUUUUAGGGAAAUGCCCAAAAAUGUCCUUUAUAGACACGUUUGUAUUCUAUAGAGAAACAAUAUAAUAUAUUCUAUAUAUUACAAUAUUCUGUAGAUGGUGUUUUGGCUUACACUGGUUUGACUGUGUUCUAUUGGGCACAGGAUGAGGAAUGUUGUAAAUUUUUCUUUCCAUAAUGUUCGACAAGUAAUUUCUACUCGCAUCUCUGUAAACAUUGACUGUGAUAUGAACUAAAAGUAGUGUAACUGACAUGCCCGAUGUCUCAUUUAGUGUAGUGGAAGUUUGGCAAGUUUGACGAAUUUCAUCGUGUACGCAUGCGCACGUGACUGAAACAAAUGAGCAAAACUGCCGGUAUAAUUCUGUAGUAAAAAAGAUUGGAAGAGAGCCUGUUUUUAUUCAUUCUAGUAACUACCAGCAGAUGGCACUAGUUGGUGCAUUGGUUGGAGUUUGGUGGCAUUUGCUGUCACAUCUUGUAGCAUAUACGUAAUAAAUGAAAGAAACCAUUUGAGAGGUUUCAUGUAUUUGAAAGCAGUAAGAAAAUUA